AUGAAUGACACCCUGGAUGAACCCCCUAGCAGCUAUAACGAAUACUCCUACAUACAUUUUACCAUAGUGGCUGCUGUAGCGCUAUGUCUUUGUAUUGUUGGCCUAGUUGGAAAUGUUAUUGUGUUUUGGUACCUACGCUUCAAGAUCCAGAGAAACAAAUACACAGUUUAUAUUAUGAAUCUGUCUGCAGCUGAUGCCUUGUUUAUUAUAUUUACUAUGUUGCUUUUGAUGGUCAAUAUAAAUACACUCGUUGGUACAGAUCCUGACUUUAUAGGGAAGGAGAAUUUAUAUUUAUCCAUAGAAAUAUUUUUUGAUACUAUGCAGUAUUCCGGAAUGUUUAUCCUUACAGCUAUCAGCAUGGAAAGAUGUAGCGCUGUCCUGUUCCCCUUUUGGUAUCAAAGUCAUCGGCCUAGGAACUUGUCCACUAUUAUGUGCACUGCUCUUUGGAUCCUUGGGUGUUUGGAAAGUCUCCUUGAGAACCUAGUGUGUACAACAGAAGCUUUCAUGGCUAAAACCAUAGCAUGUUCAGCAGUUCAAAUAAUAGUUUUUGUUUUAGCCAUUGGGAUCUGCCUACCAAUUAUGGUCAUUUCCAGUUUCACCUUGCUUGCCAAAGUAAAGAGGACAUUUACACAGCGAUACACACCUAAACUGUAUAUCGUCAUCAUUAUUGCAGUUUUUGUAUUCAUCUUAUCAGUUCUUCCAUUUACUUUUGUGUGGUUCUUAAUGUUCUUCAGAUUAUUACAAACUGAUUUGACGACUACAAGUCUAUUCUAUGCAACAGUGUUUUCCACAGUACUUAACUGCACCGCAAACCCCUACAUUUACUUUAUUGUUGGGGAAAAAUGGAAACAAAAGAGCCCUCACUCGAUCCAGGAAGCCCUCCAAAGAGCCUUUAGGGAGGAAGAUUAUGAGAAUAAUGAUUCACAAAGCAACAAAACAACUAACACAUCAAGCCAAACUAACCUUACAGCUGCCUUCUAGAUUGUCAAAAAUAA